GAAGAAGAAAAGUCCCCAGAGAACCCGAUUCUUCUUCAUCCAACUUCAACAAGUGAGGAAACCUUAAAGAGACAGAGACGAUGACAUGUCACAUGCGCAUGAAGGAACAAGACGAGAGCGACCAAUGGAUUAACGAGCCUCAGCCUGUCCCUGUCUCCAGGUUCAGACGCUGGAUAGUUCCUGCUGUGGCAGUGACAGUCGUCCUUGUUCUGAUCAUAAAUCUGGGAGUUAGCUAUGUGACAACGUCAAAUCAUCUGUGGUCUGUAGAGACGAGAGUUUCCAACCUGAGCAACGUUAUCGAGUCACUUAGCGCCUCACUGCAGAACGCUCAAGUUCCAGAAACUGUGGGAAAAGCUCAGCUGCUGCAUUCUGCUGUGGAGGACCGGCUGACCUCAGAUGUGACAAUGUCAAAUCGUCUGCAGUCUGUAGAGACGAGAGUUUCCAACCUGAGCAACGUUAUUGAGUCACUCAGCGCCUCACUGCAGAACGCCCAAGAUGUGACAACGUCAAAUCGUCUGCGGUCUGUAGAGACGAGAGUUUCCAACCUGAGCAACGUUAUCGAGUCACUUAGCGCCUCACUGCAGAACGCUCAAGUUCCAGAAACUGUGGGAAAAGCUCAGCUGCUGCAUUCUGCGGUGGAGGACCGGCUGACCUCAGAUGUGACAAUGUCAAAUCGUCUGCAGUCUGUAGAGACGAGAGUUUCCAACCUGAGCAACGUUAUUGAGUCACUCAGCGCCUCACUGCAGAACGCCCAAGAUGUGACAACGUCAAAUCGUCUGCGGUCUGUAGAGACGAGAGUUUCCAACCUGAGCAACGUUAUCGAGUCACUGAGCGCAUCACUGCAGAACGCUCAAGAAACUGUGGAAAAAGCUCAGCUGCUGCAUUCUGAUAUGGAGGACCGGAUGACCUCAGAUGUGACAACGUCAAAUCGUCUGCGGUCUGUAGAGACGAGAGUUUCCAACCUGAGCAACGUUAUUGAGUCACUUAGCGCCUCACUGCAGAACGCCCAAGAUGUGACAACGUCAAAUCGUCUGCGGUCUGUAGAGACGAGAGUUUCCAACCUGAGCAACGUAAUUGAGUCACUCAGCGCCUCACUGCAGAACACUCAAGAUGUGACAACGUCAAAUCGUCUGUGGUCUGUAGAGACGAGAGUUUCCAACCUGAGCAACGUUAUUGAGUCACUUAGCGCCUCACUGCAGAACGCCCAAGAUGUGACAACGUCAAAUCGUCUGCGGUCUGUAGAGACGAGAGUUUCCAACCUGAGCAACGUUAUUGAGUCACUUAGCGCCUCACUGCAGAACGCCCAAGAAACUGUGGAGAAAGCUCAGCUGCUGCAUUCUGCUAUGGAGGACCGGCUGACCUCAGUGUUGGAGGCGUUGAAGCAGCUGUCGGCCAUUGACUCUCUGAGCAGUCUUACUUCGAUCAAAUGUUCCCUCGAACAAAUCCUCAACAACAGCACAGGGUUGGACGGUUGUUGUCCUCCUGAUUGGAAACUCUCUGGCUUGAGUUGUUAUUUCUUCAGCCGUUCCCCUUUGUCCUGGAAUGAUUCCAGAGCCUGGUGUGAGGACCAUGAAUCUCACCUGGUCAUACUCUCCUCGGACAAGGACUGGGACUUUGUGACCCGUCAUAUAGGGUCUGAAUUUUUCUGGGUGGGUCUGAGUGAUUGGAGAACUGGAACGUGGGAGUGGGUGGACCAGACUCCGUACCCCAUGGACAGCAGACAGUGGCGACCCGGUCAGCCUGACAACUGGGACGGUCACGGCCACGGGGACGGAGGUGAAGACUGUGCUCACCUGCACAUGGACGGCCGCCUCAACGACCAGCACUGCUCCAAACACAUGUGGUACAUCUGCCAAAAGCGCAAAGGGUGACCUCUGAGAAAACCCCCCAUGGGCUCCGCCCACACAUAGAACAUAGAAUUAUCAGUGACAAGCGGCUGUCAGAACCAAAUAUAAACCAUAUCCAAAUAUGUCUGACGUUAUAAUAAAAAAGUUUGGAAAAUAAA